AUGGAUUCUACAUUCAACAAAUUAGUUGAGAAUUUAUCAUUCCAAGUGGUGGCUGGACCUUGCAAUCAAAAUAUAUUUGACGAUAUAACUCCAAAAUCAGUAGGUACGCCGGUUAAUGUGAAAGUAAAAUUUCGUCAUAAGGAUGAUGUCCAUAGAGGAGUUAUAUCCGUUCCUAAAUUUGAGAACAUUAAAAUGUCUAAAAACUUACGGUUAAUUAAUAGUGAUCAAACUAUAUUGUCGUUUGAUUUUCUUAUGGAUAUGAAAUCAUCCGAAAGGCCUACUAAAAAGUCGCAAAAGAAGGUUUUCCAAAUUUUUAGACCAGGCAUCUGUUUAGGAUCCAAAAAUAACAAUGAUGAUGAGGAUGGAUAUCCAUACGUACCUCCUAUUGUAGAAAAUGAAAAUACGACAUUUAGCGCAACCAAAGUGAAUCUCAUGAAUAAUGGAAGAUGCUAUGGGUUAAAGAAAGAUACUGUACGCCAGCCGCUUGAUACUAAUCGAGCUCAAACAAUGUUUCUAGGAAAAUGUAAGCCAGGAGGAUGUCUUGAUCCCCCUUUCGGUGAAGAGAGAUAUGCUUAUGAACCAAUCUUAGUUAAGGAUGACAUUGUAAAAUACCAAUCCCUAGAUGACGUAGAAAAUUAUCAAGUAUCAAGUCGAUCUUACAAUGCGCAACUACGUUCAAGAAGUCCGCUGAUAGAAAAAGAUAAAGAUGUAGAAAGUAAUUUAUUUGAUGAGCUUCUUAUAACAUACCCAUCAAUCCAAAAUUGCAACAAUGACAAUCAAAACAUUUUAAGGACUAAUAAUACUAUAGAAAAUAGGUCAAUAAUAAGUGCUGAUACAUGUAUACAAUCAUACUAUAAACCACCUAGAAGUAAAGAAACUAGUAUAUCAAGUAACAUGGAAGGACAAGAGAUACAAAAAAUAAUAGAUAAUGAAAUGAAAAUAGAACAGACCAAUAUUAUUGCCACAAAUUUCAAAUCGCCUUCUAGGGAUAGUAUUUAUAUACAAACAGGCUGUCCAGCAGAACCUGUUCUACCCAAAAUGGUAAAUUUGUCUCCAAUCGAAAGUGGUUUAUCAUCUUUUGAAAAUAAUCUACAAUCUGACAAACAACAAAAUGUAGAACACAUUCAGGAAUAUUUGAGAGAUCAGAACAUUUCUAAGUUUGAGACUGGGGCUGGACAAAAUCAAGAGGAAAAUCUUUUACAAACACCAAAUACAUUUUCAUUGUUAAAAAAUUCACUUGAAAAAUCUUCUAUAACAAAUAAUAUACGUAUACCGGACGACAUAAAAACAUCUCCUGAGGUAAUUGAUAGUAUUCCAAAUAACAAAAACAAUAUACUAAAUGAAGCUCAAACAAACAAAAAACAAAGAGAUGAACAAAGCAUAAUUGUGAUUGCUCCAGUCAGGGAUCUUGAAGAAACAUUGACAAAUGAUGAUGAUGCUGAAUAUUUUCCAGAUUUUUAUGACGAAAAUGGAACUGAUCGCCCACCUAUUGAAUUUAGCGAGAGUUACAGCGAUACACAAUACAUCAAUCAGAAAAAUUACAUGGUUGACAAAUCCGAAAGUCAACUUUUUCUAACUAAUUUGCAAAAAAAAUCAUCAUCAAUACUUCAAGUUAAUAAAUUAGAAAUUAAAGAAGAUGAUACUUAUAACUUCAAAAGUAACCUUGCUAGCCAAAGCAAUAUUACAAAUAUAUCUUUGGGAUCUAAUCAAGUAAAUAAUUCAUCUACUCUUAUACUUGAGGACAGAAUCCGUAAUGUGGAAGAUUUUAAAAUUAAAAACGACGGUGAAAGAUCACAAAAAGUUUACGUUCUCAAUAUAUCACCAAAAAUAAGCGUAACGGACGACAAGGAGUCAAAUUUAAAAGAAAACAUAUUAUCCGACAAGGAUGUCGAGAAAAGUACAGUAAGAGAAGAAGCACACGGAAGCGUAACCAGUGUAAAUUAUAUUGGAAAAUCUUUUAAACCCAACCAAGAAUCAAUUCAAAAAAUUUCGUUUACAUCUAUAAGACAUAGUAUGCCAGAAAUUAUGUUCGACGAAACACUAGCCCAUUAUGUAGAAUCUACAACCCAAAUUACUACAUCACAAACCGUACCUGUUUCACCACAUAUAAUGGUUGAUUCUCCUCAUGCUACACCACACGAAUUGCAGAAAAGAUACGAUGAUGGUAAUCUUACUAUAAAAAGUUCAACACUUAAAAAUUAUUUGGAAGAUGAUAACAUAACGAAAACAAAAAUUUCAAACUUAUCUAAUUCUAGCAUAAAAACACCUCAAAAUAAGACGAUGUCUAAUAGUCGUGAAUCGAGUUUAAUUAAAUUUUCUGAAAAGUCUUUGAGUGAAAUCAUUAAUGACAAACAUGAAUCAAACAUAGAACAUUAUAAAAAAGAAAUUGAUAUGAUUAAUGAUUCUUUUAGAGACACUAAUAUAACACAACACAAUAAUUCUCAAAUUAUUGAAAUUUUCUCGAUUCCUGUAAUUACAGAUUCUAUUGAGAAAUUAAAUCAUGAUGGAACCAAAAAAGAUAAACUAUCGGAAAAAAAAUCCCAGGAAAAUAUGGAAAAACCAAAUACGUUUAAGACAGAAUUGGGUGAAGUAGUUACAACUAAAUUAAGUCAACAUUAUGAAACACUAAAUGACAUGAAAGAAAAUAAUGCUGAAGCAUUCAUAAAACCUCAGUUAAUACUUAAAAAUUACGCCAGUAUGGAAAACGGUUUCCAAAAAACGAGUAAACUUAAUAUAAUUUCUAAUGAAAAUAUUCAUGCACCGUUACCUAGCGCGAACAACAAUAAAACAAAUGAAGACACUAAAAAUGAUGAAAUCAAGUCUUUUUCUAUAAAAAAUGAAUCGAAGCACUUGGAAUUGAAACCGACGACAAAUACCAAUAGUUCAAAAGAUCGUUUAAAAUUACUUUAUAACAAUCCUAAUGACGAAUUUAACAAUAGCGAUGUAUUUCAACUUGAUUUUGCAUUGCAAUCUUAUGUUAUCAAUGACAAAGAAAGAGCUUUCAAAACAAUAGACUCGGCUACUGCAACUGACAACGAUAAACAAGAGCCUAUAUUAUUAUUUAAGUCAAAAUUACGAGUUAACGAAGACGAAAUGAAACUACCAAUAGAUCCGUACACGGAUUUUAUAGUUUUAUUAAAGAGGAAUAACCUUAUAAAAACAGAGGACGCAAAAAAAAUACUUUCUCGGGAGGCACUUCACUUUAAAAAGGAAAAACAUUAUGCGCGCGUUUUUAACGAGUUUCAAGAAACUAUGUCGAAGGUGUACGAACAGACUUUGAUUCCCGUACAAAACAUGUUAAAAACUUUGAAAGAAGAAGUUGACAUUUUAGCUCGUAACCAGAUUGUAAUCCGAGAAAUGUUGAGAAAUAAAUCGAAACCGACAAGGCUUAUAAACGUCAAUAGAAGAUGUUCAUGUUAUCGCAAGUGA